UAAAACCUCCCACUCUUUCGCUUCGCUUGGUCGGCGGCCUAGCCCGACGCUCCCAUGGCCGCCGCCUUCCCCGCCGCCGCCGCUCUCCCCGCGCGCCGCGCACCUACGCCCUCUCUCCGACCUUCGCCGCCGCUCUCCUGGUCCGCCUCCAUCGCCCACUCGCGCGUGCCGCCGGCUCCUCACCUCGUGCUCUCGCCACCGCCCGUUCCAAGCAACCGCUCGUCCCUGGUGGUGCGCGCGGCGUGGACGCGGCGGUCGCGGAGGGAGGCGGAGGAGAGGCCCAACCGCAAGUCGUGGAAGCAGCGGACGGACAUGUACAUGCGGCCGUUCUUGCUCAACGUCUUCUUCUCCAAGCGCUUCGUCCACGCCAAGGUCGUGCACAGGGGCACCAGCAAGGUCAUCUCCGUCGCCAGCACCAACGCCAAGGACCUCAGGAACACGCUGCCCUCCCUCAUCGACGAGAACGCCUGCAGGACCAUCGGUCGCCUCAUCGCCGAGAGGUCCAUGGAUGCCGACGUCUUCGCCAUGUCCUUCGAACCGAAGAAGAACGAGAGGAUAGAGGGAAAACUCGGUAUCGUCAUCGACACCAUCAAGGAGCACGGCAUUAUAUUUGUGUAGGUGCUGUAUUGUUCAUGUUCUUCAAAUAAUAAUUGAAUGUUUCCACCUGAUGUUGCGAGGUUAAUUGCAUGGUAGCUAUGUCCAUCUGUUGGAUAGCUGAAGUCUAUUGUCCCACCAUGUUCAUCAAAAAUAAUAUCUGGAAGGAAGUGAGCGAUUAAAGAACUGGAUAAAUCAAUUUAGCCUAGCCACAUCUUCAAGCCAAAGGCCCUCUCCUGCUUGUCGUCGGGAUUGAUGGAAUGUGCCAUUAUCGUAGGCAUAUGAUCCUGUGCCUCAUUCUUUAUCGACGAUGAAGAUACAUAUCCGAGGAUGUGGGGACCUCGUUUUACCAUUAUUGAAGGGGACCAUGGAGUAUAUAAGCAUGUUUCUUCAACCAGGUGCUAUUAACAAAGUAGUUUUGGAUCUAUUGACCAUUGGUUUGAGCAAAAGUUGUCCCAAUGCAAGGGUCACUACUUACGUAUCUUACAGGAGUUGCAACCUUUUUUUGCUCUCAAACUAUUCACUUACAGCAUCAGUGUGUAAUAAUCAAGCUUUGCCUGGUGAACUUUUGGUUACUAUCUAGAGCCAUAUCAUGGGAAACUGGAGUUGGACUGAUUCAACUGAGCUUCAUGUGGUUCAGAGGCUGUCACGUCGGUGCCACUUACUAGUUGCGAUCGAAUCAAAGCUUGACACUCGUCCUAGUUGCGAUCAAAUCAAAAGCUUGGCACUCUUCCUAGUUGCAAUCGAAUCGAAGCUUACAACAGUGGCAGCUCUAAAAGUCCAAUCGACAUGUUGGACACGAUUAACUGAGCUACUGCAAUCUUUUUGUACAUCUGGAGAACCAUCGUGGGAAACUGUUUUUAGCACACGGG